CUAUCGACACAGAGCAGCUCAAUUGUGCAGAACGCUGUCGCUCGGCUAUCGGAGGAAAAAAUGGUUUUUCUAGUGGUUAAAAGGUUUUAAGGCUAUUGAUGUAACCGACCCAAUGCACAACAGUAUGCAGAGGCUGGGCAGCAUAAUGUGCGAUGUGAACGGAAAUGUAUCGCACGACGAGUAGGUGAAUGGUGUCGACCGAAUGCUACAUCCGGUACGGUACUUUGAUGGAAGCAUCUUUUUAAAGAAAAUUGGAAACCGCGCGAGCUGAACUGAAACGGAAGCCAAAGUGUAGAGCGCGUUUAUCGCCGAACGACAAAAGGGGGAAAAAAGACGUAGCGGCCGUAGCGGGUGGUGGGAGCUUGGGAAGGCAACGGGAAGCAGCAGCAUCAAUCUCCCCCCCCCCCCCCCUGGUUUGGUGGACCCCGAAAAGGGUGGACAGAAAGGCCGGAGCGCAGUGAGCGCCCUUUUCUUCCGCCGUGGUGCGUGGUUAGUGCGCGUGCGUGCGUGAGUGCGUGCCGUGUGUGUGUGUGUUCGCGCGCCCUUGUUCCGUGUGCUCGCGAGUGUGUGUGCGUGCGUGCGCGCUGUUUUCCGUGUGCUGCUGCGCCGUGCGUGUGUGGCGCCAUUCCGACGUGCUUUCGCGAGCCGUGCCAGUGUAAGUGUGAGUGUGUGCGGGGAGGUUUUUUUUGGUGUGUGCUUUCUCGGUUGUUUGGAAACGGCAGAUAACGCCAACGCGAAGCGAACGGCGGCUGGCGGGCGGUGUGGAAGUGAAAGCGAAGGGUAUGCGCGCGCGUUUUUCUGCCGUACCGUGGCUUUGUGGUUUGCUUGCCGCGUUGCAUCCCUGCCUGGCGAUGCUGUGUGCGUGAGUGUAGUGUGUGUGUCUAUGCGUUUGUGUGUUUGUGCACACAUGUGCCUGCAAAAAGGGCUAACAGAGCAGAGCAGUAGCUGUAGCAGCGUGAAUGCACGUUUCCCGGGUGCACGUUUUGCGUACCAGCAGGGAAGGAAGAGCGGAGAAGUGUUCGAAUACUGUCGGCUGAGAAGCGCAAAGUGCUGUAACGCUGCUGCGUACGCUGCAGUGUGCCACCCAUGUGCCCGGGUGGUGAAGAAGGCGGAGGAGACGGAGCAAGCAGGAGACCGUGAGAAUUUGCUCGCGUAUCCUUUUUUGUUGUUUUAAGCCCCCGGCCCCGGGGAGGGAAGGGAAGCGUAGAGCGUAGUGGAAUCAUUUGGAAAGAAAGAACGCGCGACACCGUUGACGGACGGACGGUCAUUGCGAAGACGACCCCCGGUUGGAUUGUUGGGAGAGAAGAUAAACACAUACGAACAGAGAGACGUACGAAGCGAAAUAUUAAACACAAAAACACCGUGAAAAGAAAGCUCGAGACGAAGAUCUACAUCGAGUCCACCUCGUCUUGUAGUUCAAUUGCUAGUCUCAAUUUUGUGCAGCAUAGAUUGGAUAGCGCGCAACACGGUGUCGUCCUGCGCUACUCCGUUCCCAGCAAGCAUCGUGCCAUCGGUGGAACACAUCCACCACCAGCGUGAAAGCGUCCCAUCCCAAAAAAAAACCCAAAACGGCUCGUGAAUGAUGUCCGUGCAGCAGUACUGUCUACGGUGGAACAACCAUCAGCCGAACUUCAUCUCGGUCUUCUCGACGCUGCUGCACAAUGAGAGCCUGGUCGACGUUACGCUGGCCGCCGAGGGGCGGCAGCUGCAGGCGCACAAGGUCGUCCUGUCGGCCUGCAGCUCCUACUUUCAGUCACUGUUCACCGCCAAUCCCUGCCAGCACCCGAUCGUGAUACUGAAGGACGUGCAGUACAACGACCUGAAGACGAUGGUCGACUUCAUGUACUACGGCGAGGUGAACGUGUCGACCGAGCAGCUACCCCAGGUGCUCAAGACGGCCGAAAUGCUCAAAAUCAAAGGGCUGGCAGAGAUGCCGGACGCGUCCGCCGUGUGCAAGGCGGACCUCAGCAAGCUCGAUCCGUCCGAACUGAUACAGGCGGCGAACGUUAUACCCGGUGCAGCCGGCGAUGCGAUAUGGGGCAGUGCCGAAUCUCAGCAGCAAGCGCAGCAACAGCAGCAACAGCAGCAGCAACAACAGCAGCAGCAGCAACAGCAGCAGCAGCAGCAACAGCAGCAGCAGGCACAACAUCAGCAGCAGUACCAACACCAGCAGCAGCAGCAGCAGCAGCAGCAGCAACAACAGCUACACCAGCAAACCCAGCAGCUGCGACGAUCGCCUUCCCCCACGACCAAUAUGUCACCCGCGGCACGAAGGAAACGGUUACGGAAGACGUCAACCGGAUCCGGCUCCAUCUCCUCCGAGCGGCUGCAGCAGCAGCAGCAACAGCAGGCCGCUGCAGCAGCUGCUGCCGUUGCCGCCCAGCAGCAGGCGGCCGCCGUAGCAGCGGCCGCAGCAGCCGCCGCCGCCGCUCAGCAGCAGGCGGAGGAGCAGCAGCAGCAGCAACAGCAGCAGCAGCAGCACGGGGCCGGUGCGGACCCGAGCACAAUCAAUCUCGUGCCGCACCUACACAUCCAGCAGCAGGUGGACAACAUAUCGUACGGCACGGCGACGACGGGGCACGGUGCGCUAGCGCUGGGCGCAGCCGCCGCCGUUGCCGCAGCCGCGGCCGCCGCGGCCGGGAACAACAUCCGCAUCAUCAAGGAGAGCCCGAGCUCGGACGUCGACCAGCAGCAGCACGAGUCGUCGCAGGAGAGCGUGGACGAGACGGGCCACCACAUGCCGAGCAUUAUCAAAACGGAAGACCUUAGUGGGGUGGCGCAGACCAUACCGAUGGACAUCUCCACGACACCGACCGCUGUAAACAUAACGCAAUCGCAAUCACAACAUACCGUGGCUGACAUGGCACGAAUGGCGCUCGGACUAGUGCCCGGUCAAUCGUCCUCCUCAACGUCGAGCGGUGCGUCGGAAUCGAGCGUCGGCACCGGUAGCGCUGGCAGCAGCGAACAGUCGACCGCCACGUCCGGUGGCCAUAUCGUAAGUUCGGGCCCGAAGCGAGGCCGCCUACUGAUACGCCAGCAGCGCAUCAAGAAGGAGAGCGAUUCGUCGUCGGCCGGGCCGCAACCGUACGAACCGGACACACCGUCGGACGACAACAGCCCGACGGCACAGUACGGCCAUCAGAACCUGUUGACCGUGCCGUCGCACCAUCGGUUCGAGCGGCAGGUGUCCGAACCGAUCCUGCCACUGUCGUCGAUCGCGUCGUCGGGCCGCCAGAACUCGACCGAUCGGGCCCACGGCCAUCUGCUGUCCGUUCCCUCCAACACCACCACCACCACCACCCAGCAGGCGUACCUGGUGAAGCAACACUCGCACCCACUGCUGCCGAGUCAAACGUCGGGCGGAGGUCACGGCGCCACCGUUUCGUUCGAACCGCUGCAAACGUACACUCUGCAGCGGCAGCUCUCUCACCCUGGUACGGUGCAACGGGGCAGCUCGACACCGCUGACGCUGGUUACGAGUAGCAGCGGCUCGACGCACUACCUCACCCCUUCCUCCUCGCUCAAGACGGACUCGGACGAGGAGGGUGGCAGUGUUCCGGCCACACCGAUAACGGCAAUUCCGACGAUUCAGCUACAGUCGAGUGUGGAUCGGACAGGACCCAGCCCAACGGUUGUUAUUGUACCGGCCGAACCCGUGCAGACAACUGCUACCACAAGCAGCAGCAGCAGCAGUGGCAAUGUAAGCGAACAGUCGUCGUCAAAUACGCCGACCACCAUCACGUCCGCACCGACGAGUACCAUCCGUGUGAAAGGUGAAGAGCUAUCCCGGUCAAUAUCAACACCAUUGACCUCAUCCCGCUCAACCGACAUCCCGGGGCUGGAUAAUCCCCGCUCCAGCCACUGUCCGGUGGUACGCGAAGGGCCCGCCCUUGGUUGCAACUUCUGCUGGAACACGAUCGACGCGCACGGACGGAUCUUGCGCCGCAAAACCAAGUACCACUGUCCGGAGUGUCAGACGAAUCUGUGCAUUGUGCCCUGCUUCCAGGAGUAUCACGAGCGCCAGUCGGCAGAGAAUCCUACCCCAACGAACGACAGCGGUGGCGGUGGCACAAAAUCAGGCCUGCGGCACUACGCCAAAUCGGGUUCGAUGUAAGCCAGACCGAAAGAAGCUAGGAGAAACAGAGAUUUGGAUUUGAAUUUGAACUAUUUGGUACAAACGGAGAAGGUGGGUGACCAAACAAGGGGUGUAGGUACACGAUCGCUCGCCUACGCGUGGGCUCAGAUCGAUCGUACCCGUGUAUUGGAUUUUUGGUGCAAACGCGUUGACAAAAUGCUUUGCCAUGUUUUUAGGAUUUUAGGACGUUUUUGCCGUACUUUCCUUCCACCGUUUGGGUUGGCAGAAGAUGGUGAAAAGCAAAACGAGAAAAACAGCGCGCGACUCAAAACAAGAGCGCUCCUUUGUGUAAUUGGUGUAAUUGGUAGGAUGUUAACGUGUUUUCUGUUUCUUUGUUUGGAUGUUUGAUGUAUUGUUGAAUGAAUAGGGACGAUCACUUCCGAUCACUUUAUGGACACAAACAUCCCAACGAACGGUAUCAAUUGAUGUAAAAAAAAACACGUAGGAUUUAAUUCUAAGGCGAAUAGGUACAUUGAAUAGGUUUGCUCACAGACAGUGAGGCACAAUUCCUCUGGAAUACGGGAUUUUACAGGGGAUCUGAGAGUCGUGGGACACUUUCUGGAUGCUUUCGUGAAGGAUUGGAAUUUUAUAGGUUAGGAAUUGGAUUAUACAGCACCCUUUUUGGGCAAAUCCAAUAGGAAUCCUAUAAGUCUGCCUAAAAUAGGAGCCAUAAAGUCUAAUUCCCUUCAUAUAAUGUUCACCUCCUAUUGGAAACAUAGAAUAAAAUGUCCUACAACUAUGAGAGCCUCUGAAAUCCCCUGUAUUAGGCAAACUGUGUUUCAGAGUGCAGUGAAGGUACUUUUUUCGACAUAUACGAGACAGCAUGUUUUUGGAAAGUUAAUGAAGAAAUGAAAAACUUACUCGCUUAUCGGUGUGUAUUUGUGUGUGAGUGUGUGUGUGCUGAGUGCGUGGUAUGUGUGCUUUAUACUCAAAAUCAUUGGUCAAGACACAGCCAGCCCAAGACAGCCAAUCGGGCAAAGAGACAUCUUUACCACAAGAGUUACCAUUUUGCGGUGGUUCAAAGAAGGUUUAGGGAAGCCGCCAAUGCAUAGCAAAUUGCUAAUGCUAAUGCUAAAGCAAAACAUCUACACAUUAGUAACAAAAAUGUAGUGGAAUGACUGUUUGUAGUAACAAAAAAAGUAGCAUUAAAUGUGCAUUCGUAUUCUGGUAUCCCUAGCGAAAUGUGAAGAGGAAAAUGUAUUUUUCCCAAGCCUUUGUUUUUGUGAUUGGCAACCUGCUAUUGGUGGCCAACAUCUACCCUUCAGGCCAUCCUGAGCUGUAGUUGUUCAUGUAGUUGAAUGACGUUCAGCCUUUUUAUGGUUUCAGUUUUUGGCACACGAAAUAUGGGGCAAAUGCUCUCUCACACACAUACACGGAAGAUUAGCUUCCACGCUGCAGCGUUUUAACGAUGUUCCAGUGAGGACAGUCAGAGCGAACUCCUUGAAAAGCCCAUAUAAAAAUACACAUAUAUAUACAUAUAAUAUAUCGUAUUCAUAUAUACACCUAUGCGCAGACAUAUGACUGCCGUCACAUUGUUGUACCAUGGAUAAGUCUAACUAUUUUUACCAUUUAAUAGAACGUACCUGAAAAAAAUUUGGAGAAUGCAUUGAUCCGUGAGUGUGUGUGUGUGUGUGUGUGUGUGUAUGAAUGUGUGCGUGUAGGAUGUAAUUUGCAUUAAAACGAAAUGAAACAGCUGACAAGGCGCGCUAUACCUUUACGUUUAAUCUACGCGUAUCAUUAAACUAUCACCGUGUACCGGGUUCAGGAGGAUUUAUGAAAUAAUUAAGGACGAGAAGUGAAGAAACCGCGUACAGUGGAGUGUUAGAAACAUUCUGUUCUCCUUCUCUGCUCCCAGCAAAUAGCGAGACGGUUUGGAUAUUUUUAUAAGCGAUAUUUAAACGAAAAUCAUACCACACACACAUGCAGCACAUGAGAGCAGCGAUGUGUCCUUGUUCAGACCGCAUGGAAACGCUUUUAGAAGGGAAAACAAGGGUGAAGAGAUUGAAGAAGAAGUCUUUGUUUUUAGAAGCAAGGGAAGUGUUUGCAGGGCACGGUUGAUUCGGUUCGGUUGAUUUUCAAACAUUUUCAUACCCACAAAAAAGGAGAUUAAUUUAGUAGAGCAGAAAGAGCGAGUUGCGAGGUGCAUGUUUUGUGUUAAGUUGGUGUAUGUGUUUGGUGUGGUUUGAACAGAACGUACAAAUUUUUCGUCCAUAUUACCGAGGUACCGGGAAAGAAAAUUCUGCUCAGAGCGGGCGCAUAUAUACACAUUCUUAGCACACAAGAGCAACCAUUAUCUACAGAGUGGGGGGAAGCAAAAACUGCAGGAGAAGUUAGUAAUGUAUACAUAUGAAUUACAAGUGAGAUGACAGUAGUAACGAACAUAUUGUGUAACGUGAAACAGGAGCUAAACAACCGAAAAGGAGAUGCUGUGUAGCAUGUAGAAAUUUAAACGAACUUGUUAGAAACGAACACACACACACACACACACACGUGCCGGUUGGCAAUUUGGUUUCCUCCAGCAUCCCGAUUAGUAUCACCCACGUCUCGUCGAACGUUGAUACAACUCGAGAGGUGAGAUUUGGACACAAUGAACCCACGAACGUUUUUGGUCAUGCGAACGAACACUGCUGAAUGAUAGAUGACCAAUAGUAGAAAUAUUAUCCCCCCCUCUUGUCCCUCUCCCAACAUACAAACUGAUGAUGUUGUUUUAAUCGUAGGAACUGAGCACUAAAAAAAAAAACAAACAACAAACCCUGGCAACAAUUGUGUACGCUAAAACCACAUGUUGUGAAACUAUAUUUUUGUACCGUUAAAUAUAGGAGAAAACAAAGAAACAAAC